AUGGCCCGGCCACAGAUACGUGGUGGAUAUUCUGAUACAGACUCUUUAGUGACAGAAAAUGAUGAAUGUGGAGAAGAAGCUGAAAUAGCAGUGGCUUCUCAAGUGGAGGAACCAUCAGAGGAAUUGCAAGAAAAAACUAGGUAACAAUGUUGAUAAUACAGCUCUGUGAUAAAACUGCACGACUGGUUUAGGUUUUAAAGCUUGGUCAAUGAACAGGAAGUCACAAUCACUGAUUCUCCCUUUUAUCAGAAAAUUGACCAUUGGAUCUAGCGCUUGGGUAGGGCAUUUUAACACAUUUUUGGUCCAAGAAUUUGAACUAACCAAUCAUCAAAAGUUAGUUGGGAGAUGUUGAAGCCUUGAAUUGAUCAACGCCCAAGUUUUGUUGAUUGAGAUUGAACCUGCCCUCUGAAAUAUGCUGUUAGUACUAACGUCAGCAUUAAUUGAUUCAAUUUAACUCUCCCUUUUCAGCAUCAUUAAGUGGACUGGACCCAAUAAGAAGCAUCCAUUGAUUAAUUUCUCUCCCCAUGUUUUAUUACUGACUUUGCCUCCAGAAUCAAAAGCAGAAGCAGGUAAGAAAAAUCUUUGAAUCAAAUAACUCAUAUUUAAUGUUAGUUUUAUUGCUACAGCAGAGUCAGAGUGACAAGAAUUCCUAUAAAAAUUGAUAUUCAAUCUAUGCCAUAUCUUUGUGUGAAUCUUGAAUGGAUCAGUUGACUUGUAACAUGGCCAGUAAACCAAUACAGAGUAACUGGUACAGUUUAAAAGCUGCCAGCUCAGACACACAACAUAGAUUACGAUUAAUUGAAGUUAAGAUAUGCCUGGUGUUUAGCUCAGUUGUAGAAUUUUAAGCCUGUGAGAAAUGCCAUUUCAGGAAAAGUAGGAUUUUUGUCCAAUCAUACAUGAUUCCUACACAAUAUUAUAUUAAAUUUGUCAAGAUUUAACUCCCAAUAAUGUAGACUUUUAUUAGAAGAGAUAUGAAGGAAGUCCAGUAGAACCCAGAGGCUAAUUAAGGGAAUAGGUUCCCUCCUAUAAGAGGCUUGAACUGAUACAAAAUAAAACAACAGUCAGUGACAGAAUAGACAAAAAUAGCCAUUUAUAUUAGGUAAAUGAGAGUAUUUUUUAGAUCUUAAAUAAAUCAUUUGAAUCUGGGUUAGUGAUGUUUUUAUUUAUCAGUAACCUGAUCUUGUUACUGUCUUCCCAACAGAAAAAUAUCAUUUGACUUACAAAUUUGUCAAGACAGAAUGCAAACUUGUACGAAGUAUCUUGAAUGUUCACUGCUUUAGAGAGGUAAAGAUCUGAGGAUAAAUGGUAAUCAAAAUUAUUAUACUAAUGGGUAAUUAUAGUAAUUUUGUAAUUUUUGAAAUGCACCACUGAAUAAAGAGUGAUUCUUACUAGAUGCAUUUUCUAGUAAAUUCUAAACUUAGGGAACAUUUUAUGAAAUAAGCUGUUCAAUUGUAUUUGAACCACGUUUUGAUUACCAGUACUUGCUCUAUCAAUCUACAGGUAAAAUCCUUUCUUAUUAUAAAACAUAUUUAAAUUUUCCCUCUUCAGGUUCAUCCUAACAGUUCAAACUUUAAUUUGAUGUGGACUGGCUCACACAUCAAGCCUCACACUCUCAGAGGUCUCCAGGAUUUCCAAAAGAUCAACCAUUUUCCAAGGUAUCAAUAGUCAAAUUUAAUAAUGGUGCCACAUACUUUAAAUAAUAAUGAUAGAUUGGGUGAAGGCUGUCAGAGCAAUUGAAAAACCAAAAGGGAACCCUUGGAAAAAGAUGGACAGAAGCUACAACUCAUUCCCAGUUGUCAAACACAGGCCAAGCCAGUGCAAAGCGAAUGCCCUCAUUACUUUGCAAUCCCCAAUCUCCUGAAAUUCAGUGAAAUAGUUUGUUCUCACCUCUAUCAGUUACAGUUACCCCUAUAACCUAUGCUUCUUUAGGAGAUCCCUCUGUGUAGAUGUCAAUUUAACCACAUCUACGAGUGUUCUAUUUUGAAUUUGGACAUUAUAAUUACACUUUGUUUUGGAACAGGUCUUAUGAACUGACCAGGAAGGACAAGUUGUACAAGAACAUUCAACGAAUGCAACAUUCAAAAGUACAGUACUGUUUACAUCAUCAGUCUUUAUUUUACUUUGUCAUAAAUGUGUAACCUAUCUCUAAAAUAUCAGGACAGUAGGUAAGAAACAGGUGAUUGGAUUAGUCAGAGCUGUCAGGUAACAACUCAAGUUUGUUAUCUAAUUUGAUGUUGUAAGCAUCAAACAAUUUUAACCAACUAACAACGGACCGAGAGUCUGAAAUAAAAUCUUCAGAGUUAAAACUUGUGGUAGUGAGCAUGAUGCUACCAUUCCAAACUAAUAAGCUUAUUGCUUUUUUUUUCUAAGGGCGUCAAACAUUUCGAUUUCAUACCAGAAAGUUAUAUUAUACCUGAAGAGUUUAAUGAGUUUAAUGGUAAGUACUGUUUAGAAGGAUCUGUAACACUUGAUGUGUCUUGUGCAUGAACCUUUUUUGUCAAUCUUGUGGAUGACACACAUUUUUUGAUCACAUGCAAUUACAGAACAUUGCAACAUUUUACAAUUAAAAAAAAAACUUUAAACAUUAUUCUAUAUACUUGUAUCAUUAUCUUAGCGGCAUUUCUAAAGGACAGAAGGCCAUGGAUUGUAAAACCUGUUGCCUCUUCACGCGGCAGAGGAAUUUAUCUAGUCAAUCAUGUGAGUUUACUGAGGACUAUUUGCAUUAUACAUAUGUUCUUGUUAGUCCUAAAAGUUUGUAUGCUGAUGUAACAAAAAGUAUGAUUAAGUUGCAUAUUUAUUUAUUCUUACUUAUUUCUUGAUGAGUGAUCCUACUCAAAAAUAUUCUUCAAGAUGACUUUUUCUCAAUUUUCUUAAGACUUUUUUGUUAGCUCUGUAUUCUAGAAACUGUAGUAUAUUUCACACAUUUGCUAAAAGAACUCGUUGAUCUUUCUUUCCAGCCGAGCCACGUUCCACUUGAUGACAAUCUCUUAGUCUGCAAAUACAUCAGUAAUCCGCUGCUUGUUGAUGGUAAGAUUGAUGUACUUGUCCUGCCAUUGGGAAAGACUGCUACACAUGAUCAUGGAUGUCUUGUCUACUGAAAUUGGUCACCAGUUCUGCUACUGUAAUUAAUGCUUUCAGAUCUUGUUACUCAAUUGAUAUAAUAGGAGUGCUAACCAAUAACCACAAGUUCAACAUCUCGUUAAAGUGUGAGCAUUUUUACUUAGGCUUUACAUUCUGAAAUUACUUUAUUUCAGUUUUCUUUUGAGAAGAAAUUUUUGCUGACCAUCAAAGGCAAAUUGGACUUAUUCUGUUUUCAUUAUAUGACAUUUUGAUAUUUGUGACAUGCUAUUAUAAUAGAAUGAUUAUGACUGAUAUUUACAAGCUGUUUGUUUCUAUUUUAGGUUUUAAGUUUGACCUGCGACUGUAUGUUGGUGUGACAUGUUUUGAUCCUGUCAGGGUGUAUCUCUAUGAAGAAGGUUUGACAAGGUUGGUCAUGAUAUUCAGAGAGUUUCUUACACCAUGCACUGUAUGAAAUAUAAAUAUGGUCUAGAGAUGCAAUAUUGAAAUAUAAUUGGGAUUUGUCUCUUUCAGAUUUGCCACUGUGAAAUAUGACAGGACGGGCAAAAACAUUAAGAAUGUUUGCAUGCAUUUAACAAACUACAGUGUCAACAAGAAAAAUGCAGAUUUUGUCAGGUAUGUGUGGUAAAAAACAAAGCUUUCUGAAGUUGGAGUGUCAUAGGCAAUCAAUUUUUGUCAAUGGGUGACUUAAACAACUUUACUUUUAUGAAAAUUUUUAAGAGCUUGGUACACCGCAUUUUUGAGGCAAGGGGCUCCAGGCCAACAGAGAUUAAUUUCGUAUUACAGGUUUAAAAAGUUGGUGUAUGAAUUUAUUUCUGAUCUUCUCUUUGCAUCUAAAUGUUUAUGAUUUAGGUUGUCUGUAUCCUUUCCCAAAAAAAAAAGAAAACAAUCUAACAAAACUUUCUCAGCAACUUGAAGAUAAAAAUUGGAAUAAGUAGACAUAACAGUAGUUGCACUUAAACUGUUAACAGACAAUGAAAACCUUUAUGUUUGUGUAAUUAAGGUGUCCAGAUCCUGAAGUUGAAGAUUUUGGAAACAAGUGGAGCAUGAGUGCCAUGUUGCGUUACCUCAAACAGAUUGGCAAAGACACCAAAGGUAUGCUAACUAAUCAGAAAAAGUUAUUAAGAAUUAGUUAGUGAACUUCAGGAUCACCAAUAUUGUCAAUUUUUUUCAUGUAGCUCUUAUGAUGAGAAUAGAAGAUGUAGUGGUGAAGACCAUCAUUGCUGGAGAGCUUCACAUCGCCUCUGCCUGUAAAAUGUUCAUGCCCUAUGCAGGAAACUGUUUUGGUAAGAAACCUCUGAGAAAGGUUUUUUGACCAUUUAAAAAUUUUGCUGCCGUCUCUCUGUUAUUUUGUGUCUGUCUCGCUUUCUAUGCUCUUUUAUGUUCCAAUUUAAUGCAACCCAGCCUGACGAACUUAACCAUUUAGUGUGGUUGAAAAAAAAAUUAUCCAGCUGAUACCUAGAUCUUAUCUCGUAGAAAUAUAUGGCUUUGACAUCCUCGUGGACGAAAAUCUACGUCCGUGGUUGCUGGAAGUUAAUUUAUCUCCAUCUCUUGCUUGGUGAGUUAAAAUUUCAUUUUAUUCUUCAAGUUGUAUUUUGAUUGAUUUUAACGAUUUUAUCGUUAUUGUUGUGCUUCAAAAAAGGUAAAACAACACGUUUCGAGAACAUUUGAGUAAUAGGAUCAAACGAGCUGUGUAGGUGUUCGUUUACAAUUUUAGGAUAUGUGGUGUAAAUGUGUCUUGUACCUUUUACCUGUUUAUUUUUUGUGUUUUGUUCGUUCGUUCGUUUUUAAUUUUUUUCAAUUUGACUCUCAUAUUUAUAGUGACUCGCCGCUGGAUCUGAAGAUCAAGUCUCAUCUAGUAUCGGACAUGUUUAAUUUAAUUGGUGAGUGAUGCCUGGUGACAGUAAGAGAAGUUUUCUCGCAUCUCCGUAAUAUUGUGCCGAAUGUAUUCUUUUGUCAAAAUUUAAAUUCAUUAAAAACAUCAUUAGCGUGUCAGACAGCACCCAACUCUGUUACUUAUUUACUUUGUUACACUACUAGGGCACCAAUUGGGCUAGAAAACUCAUGCCAUCUUUCAACCAAUCAGAUACAGGGCUUAAACGAAUGUUGGUGACUCGCAUGGUUUUUCAGCCCCUGAUUGGCUGCUGUGGUUACUUUACUAGCCCUGCUUGACUGUACCAUCGUCGUAGUCUAUUCUGGAUCCUCGGCUUUGAGUUUCUAUGUACUUCUUGACAGUAAAUUGUUUGUUUGUAGGUUUUACAGCUCAUGAUCCAAUGGUUCGUAAACUUCCUAACCGGCGAUUUGUUGCUGAUAAUCCACCAAAAAACAGAUACCAGGUAACAGAUCUCUUGAAUUGGAAACAUCUUUCUUCAGCAUAACGAUUAAAGUCUACGUGUAAAAUGUCUGUUCUAUAAAGAUUUAUUUUGCUCCGUUUUAUGGUUGGUUUUAAAGCCUCUCUUGGAAUGCUUAACAUGAUUUCAAUACUACAAGCUCGUUUACCUCUGAAUUUAAUAAUGCAAAGUCCUAUAACUGGAUAAUUGUGUCAGAAAAAAAAUGACCAAAAACAUGCUAAACAGAUGGGUUAUUUCAUGAAGUCGAGCACCACUUUUGUAUUGUCAAUACUAAUGUUCAGUAACUAUACCGUUUUCCAAGUUUUCCUCGGUGAAUUUCGUUCAAGUGGUCGUUAAAAACCAAGGAAAAUACCGUCCUCUGACCAAUUAAUUUCAUUGAUAUUGGUUUUUUUUAAGCUGAAUUUCUUUAACCUGCUUACCCAAAUUAUAUUCUUUAUUUUACUCAUUACCGUUAUAGGUUACACUUGUUUUUCUGCGACUUUGUACCAAUAACUCGAGUCCUCCAUAUCCUAAAAUUUGUUUUUUGAUUAUCUUUAACAAUAUUCGUUCAAAAACCAUUUUGUAUUUCUAUAGAGGCAGCGAUCAGCCACAGCUGGUGGAGUUGUGAUGCCAAACUCACGACCCUUGUCUUCAGGAACGAGAAGAAAAACUGAGGAUGGUUUGUCAGCAGAGGAAGCAAGAAUAUUACGUCACACGCGCGAAGAAUUCUCCAGGAGGGGUGGUUUCGUCCGCGUUUUCCCUUCCCCUGACUCCUGGGAGCUCUAUGGGUAAGCAACGUGUGCAGAGUUCUUUACUAAAACACGUGGAUUUGAUGAGAAAAUGAGGACAGAUGAAAAAUACCACGCAUUUGUUUUGGGGUAGAGGGGAAAUUUAAACAUAUCUGUAAGGACCAGUUUUUAUCGGAAGUUGCACGCUGAAGCAGAAAGAUUUUAUACCUGUUCAGCAAUCCCGAAAGAUAAUGAAAAAUAUUCCUAACAUUAAUAAAUUUCUUCAUUUUAUGAGUUAUUGAUAUAUUUUUCUUUCAUUUUAGGUCAUUUUUAGAGCAUCGUACAACCCACAAUCAUAUGUUGCAUUCAAAACUGUUUCCUGGAAGGUAAACUAAUCUAGUUAUUUGAUUUUAGAUUUGGAACGAUUUUCUGAUUUGACCAAUCCACACUUAAUAUAUGGAUUUAUAUGGCGCUAUUCAGCCAAUCUUCCAUAGCGCUUUACAAUCAUAGUGCUACGUUAAAAACUAAAUAAAAUAACAAAGCAAAACAAAAAUAUGUAUGUCAAAAUCGAUUUUAAAAGUGAUAGGCUUCUUUUAAAAGACAAGCUCUUCUUCUAACUAUUGAUGGAGAUUUUCGAAUGCUAAGAAACAAUUCAUUCCAUAGCCUUGGCGUUGCAGCACUGAACGUCCGGUCUCCAUAAGUCUUACGUUUUGUCGGUGGAAUAAUGAGCAGUUAGUAGCUACACUUCAAAACGCCCCUGAGCACACAAUUCGGUAUGAAUUAAUUCGGUAAACACUGAUUUUACAGAAAAUCCUCCCUUCAAAGACCCAGUACAGCGAGCUUUUCCUCGGCAAGUGCAAGGGCAAGGUAAGUUUCACUAGUGCUUUAUAUUUGUCUUCAUGUUUAAACUCAAGAGUACGUGUAAUCAUGAUUUCACGAGGAAGUAUUUUAGUCAAGGAGAGUCCAUUUAAGUCAGGUUGGCAGGACAGAUUUUGCCUCUUUACAAUGUAAAAAAUUUGAGUCUUGUUAGCGAAUUAUCCCAUCAUUACAAUUGUGUUGACAUCUCAUUCAUUUUCAGGAGCAUAGCCUCGUACGGAGCUGCUCAGUCUAAAGUUAAUGUGAUAGUUGAACCUCCUGAGGUAAGAAUAGAUUCAUUUAUAAUUACACGAGUGGCAUUACAUUGUUUGGAGAUAAGUUCUGAGAUAGUACAGAAAGUUUUGUUAGCGUAGGAAAAAAUUAUUAAAUAAAUAAAUUGAUUUAAGAAAGAAGCAGACAAGUCGCUUUUGUUUUAAGUCAAUUAUUGUAUAGUUUUGACGGUUUCGAAAAUUGUGUUAUACAAAAGUUGAUUUUAUAUCCUUAGAAACUUGUAACGAAAUAAAUUUGACAUGUGGAUGAAAAUCAAGCAAAUAAAGCAAUUGCAGUUAAGAGGCGUAAAAAAUUCAGGAUUAGAAAUCCUCGCCAUUCAAAAAACUUCGUUAACGAGAGAAAGAAAUCACAUUUUAAUUCCAGUAUUUUUAUCCCUUUUAUCAGGUUUCAGGGGAUGUCUCUCUUGGUAUCAAGGAAAGACUUAUUUGUUACGAGAGAAAACUUGACAGUUGGGUAUGUAAUACAACUUUUCCGAUGUGAAAUGAGAGUUCGUGAAUGCGCAACAAAUUGUUAAGUGGGUAGAUAUGCUAUAUAAUGGGAGAUUUUAAUUUGAAUCUGCUAAAAAAUCAAAACCACAACGCCACCGGGGAAUUCCUAGAUGGCCUGUAUUCUCACCUGUUUUUUCCGUUAAUCACGUUACCUUCCCGAAUUACUUCUCACACUGCAACUCUGAUUGACAACAUUUUUUCUAACCAUGUCGAGCACAGUUAUUUGAAGUCUGGACUAUUAAUAACGGAUAUUUCGGACCAUCUGCCUAUCUUUUCCAUUUGCUUCGAUCAUAAGUGUACCCGCGAACACCAAGAGAACAUAUUUGUCCGUGACAAAAGCGAGCUAAACAUUUCCAACUUCCUAGAGGAAUUAGAUUGUAUUGAUUGGCUCAAUAUAGACGGGUAUAAUGAUCCUAAAAAUCUGCUACAGCAAAUUUCUUGAGCGAUACACUAAAAGCUUACGAAACACAUUUUCCUUUGAAGAAACUUAAGCGUCGCCUUCACUUUAGGAAACCGUGGAUAUCCCAGGGCUUACUUAAAUCUGUCAAGCAGAAAAACAAACUAUACAAGCAGUAUAUUUCAAACCCCCUCUCUGGAACGAAGCGAAAUAUAAAACUUAUAAGAACAAACUGAAUCACUCCCCUACGAAUCGCGAAACGUUUAUAUUAUGAUAAGAGGCUAAGCGAGUCAAAAUCCAAUAUAAGAGCCACUUGGCGUCUGCUUAAUGAGGUACUAAACAGCAAGAAAUUGAGACCUAAACCCAACUCUGUGUUUAAGAUUGAUGAUCAAGAUAUUUCUGACCCAAUGGAGAUUGCUAAUCGAUUUUGUCAUUACUUCAGCAAUAUUGGACCAAACCUCGCUAAACGAAUUCAACCUACGACCUCGUAUAAGAAUUUUCUUCCUGGUCAUUUCCCUCAGUCAAUGUUCCUAAAUUUAGCAACUCAGGAGGAGAUUAUAGAUAUCGCAUCUACGUUUCCGGCGGGAAAAUCGGCUGGGUAUGACAAUAUCCCUAUGUCUAUCAUAAAGCGAUCUAUAUGCAGCGUUUCCUCUCCAUUAACACACAUUGUAAAUCUCUCCAUUACUCAUGGUAUCGUUCCGGAUGAUUUGAAAAUUGCUCGUGUCAUACCUAUUUUUAAAUCAGGUGACAAAGCUCUCUUCAGCAACUACAGACCUAUUUCUGUUCUACCGUGCUUUUCAAAGUUUUUGGAACGAAUAAUUUACAACCGUAUUAUGAAUUAUCUCAAUGACUCCGAUGUCUUAUGUGAUAAUCAAUAUGGCUUUAGAAAAAAUCGCUCUCCUAGCCUUGCGCUUAUCGAUUUGUGUGACAAAAUUUCUUCUGCAUUUGAUAGAAAAGAACAUGCCAUUGGAGUAUUCCUAGAUCUUUCGAAAGCAUUCGAUACGGUAAAUCACGACAUUCUUUUUGAAAAACUCAAUCAUUAUGGGAUCCGUGGUCUGGCACUAGAAUGGGUCAAAAGUUAUCUUUCUGAGAGGACACAAUUUGUCGAAUUUAAUAACGUUAGAUCUGCCCCACAGGGGAUUCCCUGUGGGGUGCCUCAAGGUUCUAUUCUUGGUCCCUUAUUUUUUAUCCUGUAUGUUAAUGAUUUGAACAAUGCUUCCCUGCUUGAUGCAAUCUUGUUUGCUGAUGAUACAAACUUAUUUAUCUCCCAUAAUGACCCUGUUUACCUAAUUAACACAUUAAAUAGAGAAUUAAACAAAUUGUCAACCUGGUUUGCAGCAAACCGGCUCUCCUUGAAUUUAGCCAAGACCAAUUUUAUGGUAUUCAAGCCUUGGCAAAAGAAGCAAUCCUUUGAAUUUCAAGUUUUCAUAAAUGAGCAGCCUAUUCUUCGUGUUUCUGAGACCAUGUUUUUGGGUGUUUUAUUAGACGACAAUUUGACCUGGAAAUCGCAUAUAUCCUUAACAGCAAAUAAAUUAUCCAAAUCUAUAGGUAUUAUUCAUAAAUCUAGGUUUUUUCUCUACUCACUCCCUUCGUACUUUAUACAAUUCUAUGAUCCUUCCAUAUUUGUAUUAUUGCAAUUUAGCUUGGGCUGGUACCUAUAAGUCAAACCUUCAAAGAAUUGUAACCUUACAGAAACGUGCGUUAAGAAUAGUAAGCAAUUCUACAUACAUUGCCCAUACUGGCCCUAUUUUAAAGGAACUUAAACUCUUAAAAUUUCAUGAUAUCCAUUCGUUUCAAUUAGGUACUUUUAUGUUUUCAUUCAAGAACUCUACACUCCUUCCAAAUUCAAUAACUUUUUUUUACUGAAUAGUCAAAUCCACAAUUACAAUACUAGGAAUGCUCAGUCCUUCCGUUUGCCACUGUGCAGAACGAACACCAGGAAGUUUUCAAUUUACUUUCAAGGUCCAAACUUUUAUAAUUCGUUAAAUUCUGACAUAACUAGUUCUCCCUCCUCCGCUUCUUUUAAAAGAAAGCUUAAGGAAUUUCUUCUCUCUAAGUAUUAGCUUCUGUAAGGCAGUAAUUCUUAACUAACUUAGUUAAUAUGUGUGUGCGUGUGUGUGUGUGUACGUGUGCGCGGUCAAAGUUAAUUACCAUAAGUCCAUAUUGUAAUUCUAAUAUAAGAUUAGUUAUUUUAAGUGAGAAAGCCUGACUUGUUAUAAGCCUCGUGGUUUCUUUCAGGUUUUCUCGCCAUUUAUUUUCUGUCAUCAAUUUUCUUCAUUUUUUUUUUUCCAUGUGUAAAUGUCGUAUAUGGCAAAUAAAUAUUGUAUUGUAUUGUAUAGGAUAAUCGAUCAGAAUUUUAAGAUGCUCCGUUAAUCCUGAUUUGUCCCCAUGACCCUAGCAGUAAAACGUAAAGAUAACAUUUUCUUUUGCCUUAUCCAAUAGAGUCCGUCUCUCCUCCGAACGAAUAAAGCCCUUGGCAGUACGACUCCGAGUGCAAGUAAUGUUAAUGUUUUGCGCUUAUAUGAAAGUUUUUAAUUUUUCUCAGGAAUACUAUGUGCGAAAACACUGCGUAAUGUUGUCAAAAUGCCACUGCUCUGAGCUCAAGUUGCAAAUUAGUCCGAACACAUUAAGUUCUGAGCCGUUUUUUAGAAGAAAAAAGCCGUAGACAUGUUUGUGAGGAAGAAUUUUGCAUUUAUAGAUUUUUAGCGUGCUAUUUAAUGCUACUCUGUUUUGAUAUAAAUAAUUAUUGUGUUGAUUGUAACAUAAAUGAAAUGUCGAUGUGGGGAAUUUUGGCGUUAAACUAAUACUUUGUGAUAUCUCCACAUUUCUUAACAAAAUCAAUCCACAUCUGUUUUUAUACUGUUUGUGGAGACAUUAUUGAAUUCUCGUCACGUGACUUAUUUAAGGUACCCCCAACACAAGUCAAGAGAUGUCAGAGAAAACUCGUGAUACUUUCACGGCACGCACGACCCCCGAUGGACAAGUGGUGACGAAUUACAUGGAAGGAAAAUCGGUUUCUUAUCCUGGAGGUAUGUUUGAGUGACUUGUGCUUCUUUCUUAUUGGUCAGUACUGUAUGAAUUCCGCCAAUAAUCACAACUCAGCUAACGCGCGUGCGCAGCGACUGUUUUGUUCAAUCGCUUGAUUAGGACUGUUUUCGUUCCCGAUGCCGACUCGUAGUCUAACUUAUCAAAUUCUUUACUUUUGUCUGGUAAGCACUUUGUGAAAUAAUACUCCGUUAAAAAGACAACGAUCAAUGCGAUGCAACAUUAUCACAAAGGACUUUUACGAAAUUGCUGAUGCUAGCGGUAUCAAGGACGCUUGUCACGAAAAAACCUAAUGAAGGCCUAGCUCCUUUUUGAGUUCUCUGUAGUUCAGGUGGAAGAGGAUACUCGACUUUUUUCCUUCAUUCUUCUUUUAGGAUCAAAGCCCUCAUUGGACUCAGAGGGAAAGGCACCGCCGUAUCGAGUGUCCUCAGCAGGCCCUCAACCAAGACCCUUCCAGGAAGCCACGCGUGUGCAGAAGCCACCACUACCAAGCAGCGGCGAAACAGUGUCAAAACGUGUCUUGUCUGCGCAGCCGCGAUACCAACCAAUCAGAGUGGACGAAAUCAUGGCAAAGGCGGAAACCCUGACGUAAGUGUUCGAGUUUGUAGUGUACAGUUAUGGAGUUCAUGGCUACUGCAGACUUAAACAUGAAGUUUGAAUGUGCUUGGUGUCUCAUUCUGCUGAAAAUUCCUCCUGAGUUUUGGUUGAUAUGCUGUGGCUGCUUGUGAAUCUCGCCUUCUCUGAAGGGAGUGACGGAGGUGUUGUAUUUAUACUUACAGGAAGCUGCAAGCCAGGCAGGCAUUUGCAAUGUAUUUACAAAGAGUUCAACAAAGACUGAUGCACGAGACAAGGUAUUAAUUUAACCCGAGAAAGCGCCUCUUUCUGGCUGAAAAUAUUAUAUUUGCACCGUUUUGUAAUUACUGGCAUGUUUUUAGGGGGGCAACACUCCUGUGUGGCUCAAGGCGCCAAAUUUGCAUACGGGAGCUUCCAGAUUCACGCCUUCAAGUUUUCCACUCAAUUGGGUUGUUUCUCGGUGGUCUAGAGUUCAUCUCUUCUGUUUCGCCAUUCGUUGUUGAUUGUUUCUGGACAAAUUUUAUUGAAUUUUCUCUAAUUUAGCCGAACAUAUUCAGAUUCUGGGAGGUGAAGAUGUCAGCUAUUACGUUUUUCUUUUGUUUUCUUUGUUAGCUAUGACUCAGAUGAUUCCAGAGAUAGUAGAGAAUCCAAACAAGACGACCAAAUGGUUUGUGCAGUUUACAUUGAAUGUCUCAAUAAAAGCUUAAAUUUUGUAGCGGUAUUACAACACAAAAAGAACGUUCAGCUUGCUUCUUUUCUUUUUUCCCUUCGAUAUCACUACACAGCUUCCCUUUCAUGUUGUGCAGAGACUGAGAAUAGGAGAAUCUCUUUCAUUUCGUAUUGUUAUUUUCAGAACUUGGUGAUUCGUUUCCUGAAAAAGGCUGCGAGCAAUUUACAACAGCCUUUCAAAGUUGUUGUACCGAGCCACAAGUUACCGUUACAUGACAGGUGAGAUACCGCUUGGACCGAUGAUUAUCUUGGGAAAAUUUUGAAGAAAAAACGAUCGUCUUUUUAGAGGAAAUUCAGUUAGUUUCAAAUGAACGAGUUGAAGCCAAAGGCUGAUUAGAAGGCCAGUCGUCGUCAAAAUUUCAGCACACCACUUUAUUUAACAUUUUUGACUGUUAGUUAUCGACCCGCUCUCUCAAGUUCAGUUUUUAUUCUUCUCCGAAUGUGCUGUCGUGGGAUGAGCUCGGGCUCAUUUCCUGAACAGCGGCCUGUUGUUGCGCCAAGCGAUCCACUUAUGUAGGUACCAGGUAGUUAAGACUCGUCUGUGAGGGUUAACCUUUUUCGAAAUACAAAAUUCAAGUCAGCUAAGGCUUGGUUAAGUCUUCAGCUGGUGAGCUGAUAAUGUGAAUUUUUCAGUGCGGAGAACGUUUUGCAUCUGUUGUCCAAGGAAGAAGUGUGUUCAUGCGCUUUUGCUUUUCUUUCAGGCGGAGAAUUUUGGCUAAACAACUCGGGGAUUUCGUCCGCGUCUAUGGAAAGGUUUACUUCUCUUUAUUAAAAUAUUUUUUUAUGGAAAUGCGUCAGUGCUCGUACGUCUUUUCACCAUCCUCGUUUUUUUUUCUCUUUUUUUUUUCUAUCAAAUCCUGUUUUCUCCUUUCAUUAUCUAUUCAUCCAAACCAGCUAGUUUACAGGCUUCUGAUCAUACCUAAAGCGGUGUGUGAUAUGACACCCAUUCCCAAGAACCAGAAAAUGUACAGUAACCUUACAGAAAUUGAAAGUACAAUCUUGUCUAUAUUUUACAGCUUUUGAAAUGAUAUUUGUCAACAGGAGACCAUGCAAUUUCAAAAGCGACUAGAACUCAACCGCACGUAUGGGCUAUCAAGAAGCAACUCCUUCACCGGUGAAAUCCCGGAUGAAGAGUUAAAGGUCUUUAUGGCAAUUGCAAGGUAAGGAUGCAUUCUGAAAGAGAUCUGAAGAUUCUAACUACGAGGAAAAAAUGUGAAAAAACUUGAUUGCUCCAUUUCUACAGCGAGACAGAGUUGGAAGAUCUUUUAACUACGUAUACCAAAUUGAACAAAAACGCCAGCGUGUUUCUAGGAGGCAGGCCAGAGAGGAGCUCGGAGGAGAGUUCAAUUAGGGCACCUUCAAACGACUCUGGUCUGCACAGGAGAAAAGAAGGAGACAGGUACUCCAGGAGGUAAAUAUGGCGAUUUGUUGUUUCGUUGAUGUCAGAAGCUCCCAGUUCAGUGAUUGUAGUUGUUUUUUCACGCGUCACAACUAAGGAACUAGUCUUUGUCUAAGGAUUGAGUUAAUUUCUCUCUGCAUGUUUCUACAGCUCAAAUCCCACCCCGGAUGGGGACUUCAUCAGGCCCACAGAGGACCUCAGUAGCACGGGACCCAUGGUCACAGAUCGACACGCACGGGCGCUAACAGCUGUUUCAGCGUAUGGCACCUCGGUGGCCCUUAACAAGACCCGACGCAGGCCAAUGUCGGCCAAGGUUGCAGGUUCACCAGGUGGGUUGAAAGUGGUAGGCCAGAAUUUUUUAAUUUUUCAUUUUUAGGGUGAAAAUGUUUCUGUGAUAAGGUUCAAUUGAUGAACUGAUUUGUAUGCAUUAUAAUUCUUCUUUUGCUGGAGACUCCACCCGACAUACUUAUGACAUAGCUUGUCUCCUAUUGGCUAGUAACCAGAUUCCGAAAAUUUAACUCAGUUCGCCACAACAGGUUUAGUAGAACUUAAGACUUCUGUUACCCAACUUUUAGACAGGCUGACGUGUCAACUUAUUCACACAUUUUUCACCAGGAGCUGAUAGAAUAAAUCAGGUUGGUCGUCCUGUGUCAGCCAAGCCAUACUCACGUUUCACGAAAACAGAUGAAGACUCUAGUGACCCUAGGAGCUUGGUUGGAGGUAAGAGAUCAUGUGACUUGCCAAGAUGAGAUCUCUCUCUCUCUUAAUAACCUUACCCAAGUGUUUUCUUAACUGUUUGCUUAACUGAUUACUCAGGACUUUUAAAGCUCGGAGAAAAUUAAGUUUUUGUGCCAGGUAAAGAUCUCUUGCAAGCGAACCUAGAGGUCUGGGUCGAGUACACGAAGGCGAGGUUUACUGCCAAACUUCUCAAGAAAAAUAAUCUCGUAUUUUUUUGAUCUGUUGAACUUGAAUCAGUCUCCGUAGCUCUUGUCUUGAUAUAUCGAACACGUGCUAUUGUAACAUGCUUUUGUUCAACGUGUUUACAGCUCAUACUCACAGUGUCCAGCGGAGUCGCGUUUCCUCGGCACCAGUCCGACGCCUCAGUCAAGGAUCAGACAAUGAGCCCAAAGGUUUGAUAAAACUUGAUUGAUUUUAAGUUACUAAAUUGAAACAAAACUUCCAAGACAAGAACUUUUGGCGUGAUAUAUUUUCGUUGAGUAAAUUUGUCCCCAGUUUAGAAAAAUUCAGCUCAGUUCUUGUGAUGAUGCAUGCGUAAAAAACCUUUUUAUUUAUAUUUUUUGCCGUCGCUCAAAUAUAAACCAUUUAAUAAUAGAUCAACGGGAGAAUUCAUUUUUCUGUGGCUUUCCCCAACACAAAUUCCGUUUGGUAAUAGGUAAUUUAAUACUUCGCUUAGUUACCAUCUUAAACGGAAAUGAAUUUAAUUCAUUACUAAAGGUCUCAGUGUUGCUGAUGAGCAUGCAGUCACCUCUGCUCUUCAGCGGUUGGCCAAACGACAGGCUGCGCGACAGUAUUCUGCACACAACACUUCUGGCCGCAGUGGAAGUAACUGGGACGAAUUGUUUAAAAAGAUGGACUUCAAUCACGAGGUCGAAGUUACCUCCGCUCUCAAUGUAGACGAGUUCAUCAGUGUCCGUGACGACUCCACCAAUCCGUGGUCACAUCCUGACGGGAAAGCUCCACGAUCUGCUCACAGACCACAUGACCGACAUGCAAGUGCGAACGCCACGUUCGAAACAUUUGUCAACCACGACCAACAGCUUGACGGCAGUCAUAGUCACGUGGCUUGGUUUAAUAGUGCUGCUGAACAAGGCCGUUCCUAUGCUGCAGGUGCACGCUCUUCUGACGAGAAAACUAUUCAUGUUGACUUGAAAAGAGAGUACGACAGGACACAAGAAGUGGAAAGACAGGAGAGAAAAACAGCUGGCGAAGCAGUUAGAGGUCCAGCUGUUUCAAGAGAGGAGUAUAACAGACAAAUGAAAGUCUUAAGUCAGAAACUUUCCGAAGAGAAGGUUCGCCUACAGAAGCAGUUACAGCAAUAUCCAUGCUUGCCACGCCCACCAGCUGCUCGGCCGAACCCAGGCCCCAAGAAAGUUCUUAGCCACAACAGAAUGAUUAGGUAAAUCACACAUUAUUGAAACCCUAGGCCGUUAAACGAAGUUUUGCUGCUUUUUAAGCAAAAUCAAGUUCUUUACCAUCUCCAAUUUAACCAAACUGUUUAUUUAAAUAUCGAUUUUUAAGUACAGUGUUAAUUUACUCUCAACAAACAAUUGUUUCAUUUGUUUUUGUUUUGUUUAUUGACAUUUAGGUUGGCUGCUUCCAAUCCUCCGCCCGUUUUUGACGUCAUCACUGGUAUGACAGACCUUCCAAAUGGUGAUUCUCUGUGAUAUCAGUGCUAAACUUCCUCGUGUUAAUUAUCAAUUUGUCGUCACCGCUCACCCAAAGGAAGUUGUCUGAAGGAGGAUUCGUCCAGACGUGAAGAAACAUUUUACCACUCGGAACUCAUUUUAGCAGCGAAUUAUGUUACUUUUGUAUGUAAAGUCAGUUGCGCGCAAUUAAACGUGGAUGUCCCUGUAAUUGAACUGACUAUUUAAGUCUUGAGUUCAGGAGAAUUGCCAGGUUUCGUACGUAAAAUCACGAGAAAAACUACUCAUUAAGUUCAUCGCACAUUUUUAUUUCAAUAAAUUAACAAUUUCUGCGAUGGGAAACCAAACCAAUCAGAAAGUCAGUAUUUAAAUAAAGUUAU